ACAGACGAGGAGUGGGCGUUGCUGGAUCCUGACCAGAGAGUUCUGCAUAAGGCAGUCAUGGAGGAGAAUCGUGGGAUCAUGGACUCUCUCAAUGGUGAUGUUUCGGAAAUGAAGAACAAUGGAGACCAUGACAAAAUCUACACAAUGGAGAAGCGAUACACAUAUAUGGAGUUUAUAGAGAACUUCAGUCAGCGCUCCCAUUCCACUCCCCUCCAAAGAAAUCUCUGUGGGAAGAAAUCCUAUCAGUGCUUGGAAUGUGGGAAGAGCUUCAGUCGGAAGGAUAGUCUCACUCUUCAUCAAAGAAUUCAUACGCAGGAGAAACCAUAUCAGUGCUUGGAAUGUGGAAGGGGCUUCAGUCAGAGCACAGGUCUCAGGUCCCAUAAAAGAAUUCAUACUGGAGAGAAACCAUAUCAGUGUUUGGAAUGUGGAAAGAGCUUCAGUCAGAGGGUCCAUCUCACAUCCCAUCAAACAACUCACACAGCGGAAAAGGCAUUUCACUGUUUGGAAUGUGGAAAGAGCUUCACCCGGAAGGAAAAUCUGACUUUCCAUCAAAGAAUUCAUACAGGGGAAAAACCGUAUAAGUGCUUGGAAUGUGGAAGGAGCUUCAGUUGGAAGACUAGUCUGACUUUACAUCAAAGAACUCAUACAGGGGAGAAACCAUAUCAGUGCUUGGAAUGUGGAAAGAGCUUCACUCAGAAGGAAAUUCUCACUUCCCAUCAAAGAACUCAUAAAGGGGAGAAACCGUAUCAAUGCUUGGAAUGUGGAAAAAGCUUCAGUCGGAAAUCCUAUCUCAGUUCCCAUCAAGUAACUCACAGUGAGGAGAAACCAUAUAAGUGCUUUGAAUGUGGAAAGAGCUUCACUCAGAAAUUAAAUCUCACUUUCCAUCAAAGAAUUCAUACAGGGGAGAAGCCAUUUCAGUGCUUGGAAUGUGAGAAGAGAUUCAGUCAGAGAGCCGGUCUCAUGUCCCAUCAAAGAAUCCAUACAGGUGAGAAGCCGUUUCAGUGCUUGGAAUGUGGAAAGAGCUUUAGUCACAGUGCUAGCCUUAAGAACCAUGAAAGAAUUCAUACAGGGGAGAAGGCAUUUCAGUGCUUGGAAUGUGGGAAGAGCUUCACCAUUAAAUUAUCUCUCACUUCCCAUCAAAGAAUUCAUACAGGGGAAAAGCCAUUUAAGUGCUUGGAAUGUGGGAAAAGCUUCAGUCGGAAGUCACAUCUCAAUUCCCAUAAAAGAACUCAUAGCAAAGAGAAACCUUAUUCGUGCAUGGAAUGCGGUAAGAGCUUCACCCAGAAGGGAAGUCUCACUUCCCAUGAAAGAACUCAUACAGGGGAGAAACCGUAUCAGUGCUUUGAAUGUAAAGAAAGGUUCAGUCACAGCGCCAAGCUCUCAGUCCAUCAAAGGAUUCAUACAGGGGACAAAGGAAAGAUUAUCUUUGCAGAAAUGGGCCUGGAUUCAUCUGAGGCAGAGAGGACUCUGUUGGACACCAAAGAGAGGCCAAUGGGUAACAGAAUGAUGCCAGGGAGACCUCCUCAUUCAUCUUUGGAUGAAGCAGCAGCUAUGGAACCGGAUCAGGGUCCUGUGUGCUCUGAAGAUGUAGCUGUUCAUUUCACAGAUGAGGAGUGGGCGUUGCUUGAUCCUGACCAGAGAGCUCUGCAUAAGGAAGUCAUGGAGGAGAAUUGUGGAAUUAUGGACUCUCUUGAUGGUGAUGAAUUGGAAAUGAAGAACAAGGGAGACCAUGACAAUGUCUACACAACAGAGACGGGAAAUAAAUAUUCUGAGUGUGAAGGCAACUUCAGUCAAUGGUCCCAUUCCACUUCCUCGAAAAGAAAUCCCUUUGGGAAGAAAUUUUAUCAGUGCUUGGAAUGUGGAAAGAGCUUUAGUCAUAGGGCUAAUUUCACAGCCCAUCAAAGAAUCCACACAGGGGAGAAACCAUAUCAAUGCUUGGAAUGUGGUAAGAACUUCGCUUGGAAGGAAAGUCUCACUUCUCACCAAAGAAUUCAUACAAGGGAGAAACCCUAUCAAUGCUUGGAAUGUGGAAAGAGCUUUACCUGGAAGGAAACACUAACUUCGCAUCAAAGAAUUCAUACAGGGGAGAAACCAUAUCAGUGCUUGGAAUGUGGAAAGAGCUUCAGUCGUAACUCCCAACUCAUUUCCCAUCAAAGAACACACAGUGGAGAGAAGCCAUAUCACUGCUUGGAAUGUGGGAAGAGCUUCAGUCAGAGUGCCAUUCUUAGGUUAAAUCUCAGUUUCCAUCGAAGAAUUCAUACAGGGGAGAAACCAUUUCAGUGCUUGGAAUGUGGAAAGACCUUCAGUCGGAACUCCCAUCUUAAUUCCCAUAAAAGAACGCAUAGUGAGGAGAAACCAUAUCAGUGCAUAGAAUGUGGAAAGAGCUUCGCCUGGAAGGAAAGUCUCACUUCCCAUGAAAGAAUUCAUACAGGGGAGAAACCAUUUCAGUGCUUGGAAUGUAGAAAGAGCUUCACCCAGAAGGAAAGUCUCGCAGCCCAUCAAAGAAUUCAUACAAUUGAGAAUCCUUAUCAGUGCAUUGAAUGUGGAAAGAGCUUCAGUCAGAAUUCCAACCUCAUGUCCCAUCAAAGAAUUCAUACAGGGGAGAAGCCUUAUAAGUGCUUGGAAUGUGGAAAGAACUUCAGUCAGAACACCCAUCUCACAGCUCAUCAAAGAAUUCAUACAGGGGAGAAACCAUAUCAGUGCUUGGAAUGUGGAAAGAGCUUCAAUCAGAGGUCCAAUCUCACAGCGCAUGAAAGAAUUCAUACAGGGGAGAAACCAUAUCACUGCUUGCAAUGUGGAAAGAGCUUCAGUCAGCAAGUCAAUCUCACUUCACAUCAAAGAAUGCAUACCAGGACAAUCAUAGAAAAAUAGAAUUCUAUAGUUUGAAGGGGCUCCAAGGGCCAUCUAGUCCAACCUCCUGCAAUGUUGUAAUUUCAACUGAACAUGCAAGACAUAUAGCCAUCCAACCUCUAUUUAAGAA